AUGGCAACUCUCGCUCAGCCCCUCCCGUACCCAGGGGAGCCCUCGCCAGCUCUCGACACAGCAACCCCGCAUCGGCAUCAAGAUGGACGAGGACCUCCCUCGCAGCAGCAGUGGCGCGGACAGUCCUCCGGAGACUUUUACUCGACAACGACUGCUCCCCUGAGGGACAACGAGCCGCCGGCGCGCCGGCAGAUGGGCCAACCCAACUCCGAGGCCUCUUCUGUCCUCGAUCGCGGAAGACCCAAAGCGGCGCAGCAGAGGACUUCGAGCCUUGCGGGUGUGAAUGCGGAUGGUGCGACUGCAGGGCUGUACUCAGCGGGCGCGUCAGCAGGAGAGGUGGUGCAGACUGCCGCUCGAGGUGGAGGAGUUGGGACGAGGGGAGGUGACGGCGAUGUAGCGCAGGGCGCGGCAGUGCGGCAUGGCGGGGCGGUCACUGGACGACCAAAUAGCUUCUUCGGCGUCGAACCGCCGUCAGCAGCGACGGUCGACGGCACCUUCCCCCCCUCCUCGACGGACAUGCCGCCUGCGACCGCAAGAUCAGCGCGAGCAGAACACCACCACGAGCGCCGAUCUUCUUUCUACGGACUCGACGCGCACGUCCAGCCCGACUCCGGCUCUUCCCGCGAGUACUCUCCCACCCCCUCGACUCAGUCUCAGCGACAGCUUCCCGUCGACAAGCGGCAUCAACUCGGUGGCGGCGGCUCGUCCGGCUCCGGUUCAGGCUCCUACUCCUCACACGAAGUGCCGCACCGCCCCCGGUACUCGCAAGCACCCAUCACUUCGUCUCGCUCCGCCUCCCUCUAUGGCUUCUCUUCCUCGACUUCGAACGACCCAUCUCCGCCUCCUCCCGCACAACUACUCGACCAAUCCCACCUGCAACCCGGCAACAUGGCUUCCCUCCUCUCACACGACAAGACGCUUGAGCUGUACCGGCAGAACGCGAAAAAGACGAACGACCCCGACAUCCAGUUCGAGUUCUGCACGUUCGUCAUGGACGUCGUCGCGGACCUCGAGCACUCGACUGUGAUGGAAAAGAUGGCGGCGGGCAAAGCGGUCGACAGGAGCGACAAGUCGCCGCCUUCGCAGCGGGAGAUCGAGGCGAUGCACAAGCAGCAGGCGCUUGUCGCUGAGAGCAUCGCCUUGCUGAACAAGCUGGCGACACGCGGGCACGUCAAGAGUUCGUACUUCCUCGCCGAGUGCUACACGCAGGGAAUUGGGACGCACAAGGGCAAGCGCGACUACGACAAGGCGUUCCCGCUCUUUCUCACGGCCGGCAAGCACGGACACGCAGCAGGCUCGUUCCGCGCGGCGCAGUGCCUCGAGUUCGGCUGGGGCACCCGCAAGGACUUGAGCAAGGCUGUCAGCUUCUACCGCCGAGCUGCCGUCCUCUCGCACGUCGGCGCCAUGCACCGCCUUGGCCUCGCUGAGCUCAACGGCGAACUCGGUCUCUCGAAGCGACCCAAGGAUGGCGUCCAGUGGCUCACUCGCGCGGCAGAACUCGCCGACCAGGUCGACCCGCCUCAGCCGCAGAGCUUGCACGAGCUGGCGAUCUUGCACGAGAAGGGCAUCGAGAACGUCGUCUUCCAGGACGAGGAAUACGCCGCCGAACUUCUCGCGCGAGCGGCUGAGCUGCAGUACGCUCCGUCGGCUUACAGGCUCGGCGAGUGCUACGAGUACGGCAAGAUGGGCUGCCCGCAAGACGCUGCGCUCAGCAUCCACUACUACAACAUCGCCGCCCAGCAGAACCACCCCGCCGCCUGCUUCGCCCUCACCGCCUGGUACCUCGUCGGUUCGCCCGGCGUCCUGCCUCAAUCGGACACCGAAGCCUACCUCUGGGCGAAGAAGGCUGCCGAAGCCGGUCUCGCCAAAGCCGAGUAUGCGUGCGGCUACUUCACCGAGAUCGGCAUCGGCACGUACAAGGACCAGCGCGAGGCGCUCGAGUGGUUCCGCAAGGCCGCCUCGCAUGGCGACAAGCGCGCACAGGACCGGCUGAGGUUGGCUGGUCGACCCGUUCCCGAGGUCGUCAAGUCGGCGAAGCGGACGAGCCCUGGUCCAGGCGAGACAGGCGCGGCAUGGUCGACGAGCAGUUUCCAGCUUCCGGAGAAGCAGUCGAGGUUGUCGACUGCGCGGAUGCUCAAGAAGGAGCCGAGCAACAUGUCGCUCACCGGCGGGAAGAGCAAGAAGCCUGGCCACCCGCGCACGACCAGCGCCGAUGCGCGUUCCGUCUCUGGCCCGGCUGGAAUCGACCGCAAGGGCAAGGGCAGGGAGAAGACUUUGCCGGACGUCCCGCCGAUGCCGCCUAUGCACCGCCAGCGCAGCUACUCCCAGCCGUCAGCCGUUCGACCCGAGGUUGCUCCUCCGCCCGUCCCGCUCGACUACAACCUCCGACCGAUGCAGCAAGGUGGCGACUUUGGUCCGCUCGCGUACGACCACCGCGAGGGACAGCACCAGCGGUCGCAGACCGUCGGUUUCAGUGGCAACGGCGGAGGCUUCCCCGAGUUUGCUGGUCCACCGCCUCAGCAUGGUCGCCCGUUCGCACCGCUCCAGCCCGCCGAGGUCCGCCUCCCGACACCGCAGAACGGCAAGGGCGGGUUCACGCUGCCGGCGAGUGAGGACGUCAAGCAGGAGAGGGAGAAGGUCCUGCAGCGGAGGAAGAACGCUGGCGAGGACAAGGACUGUACAAUCAUGUGA